CUGUGCUAAGAUCAACCACCUUUUAUAAGCAAAGAUGGAUGGUCAUGAUGGUGGACACUGAAGUUACAUGUCCUACUGAUGAAACAGCCUUCACAGAACAGAUGAUUACAUGGAAUGUUCCCCAUGUUCUACCUCCUCUUGUUCCGACACCACAAAUUACUACCCUUGAUGUUCAAAUGGGAGUUGAUGGCCGCAAGCUUGACCCUGCAACGAUUCAUAAUAGAGAUUAUAAACUGGAUGUCGGUCCCCAGCUAAUCACUGUAAAAAUUCCUGUGGGAGCUGAUGGUGGCUAUUACAAGAGCUAUGUAUUGGACAACACCUAUGUGAUCUCUUACUCUAUUGAACCAAUGCUGGAGCAUACCUGGCAAGAUGGGCCUGAGAAGACCAAGUACACAGUACUUCAUCCAAUAACCACUCCUUUCAUGCCUCGGCCACCAGUUGUCACAAACAACACUGUUCCUAAAGCCAGAGUGUUCAAUGUGACCCUGGGGACAUUCCUGCCUGAUGUGGAGCUGGUCAAAAUUAUAGUUGGACCAGAGACGUUAACUGUGCCAGAAGCCAACCUAAAAGGUUAUAAUGUCCAGGAACAUGUCUUUCCCAAUGGAUCCAAGACCUACACCCUCCAGGUGCCAUUUGAGGACCCCAAUGUGAAGCAAAAGGUAACUCCUCCAGACACCAGAACCUACAUUCUGCCCCUGACCUACUUGCUGAAUAUAGUGCCAGAGAAUACACCCUUUACUCAUCCUGCUGUAGUCGAAGCCAUUCUCAAAGACAUCAUUCCACCUACAGUAACUGGCUACUGUGAUGGUGCUGCAUUCUAUACCAUGGUAACAUAUGGCAACAUGGGUUGCAACUGGAUUCCUUUUGUGGGCUCAAGAGAACUUGGUGGAAAUCUGCUUGCCCUGUACAAGUAUAAUGCCAACUCUACCAAUUUCUGGAUGACUGUCCCAUACAAUUCAGUUGAUGCCAUAUAUGAAGUGAUCAGUUCUUCAGGCAUCAGAAGCAGGCUUGACUUGACCUUGAAGGAUAUUGGGACCAUGGUUGUGGUGGCUGACUUCUCUCUGUCCUGCAGUUUCCCUACAAAGAUGAUUGAUUGCUUCACCAAUGGAACUAUGGCAGCUCUUGCUGUGAAAGUGGAAUCUGUCCCCAGCUUGUCUCCAAGUCAACUAACUCUAAGGGAACCGAGUUGCCGGCCUCUUCAGUCUGAUGCUAUCAAUGCGGUUUUCUACUUCAAUGUCAACUCCUGUGGCACAACUAGAAGGUUUGACAACAACCUCCUGACUUACGAGAAUGAAGUGCUGUUCACAUCUUACCGGUUGAGAGUUGCCUGUCACUAUCUGGUAAAUGACACCAAGGUAGUACAGUUCUUGUACCAGAAUAAUCCUGCACCUGUAGUCCAGCCUGGCUUGGGUGACCUUGCGGUCAUCAUGCGGCUUGCAUUGGUGUGUUUCCGUCUAUAA